AUGAUCGUCACAAGAACCGCAACUCGCACCCUCACCCGUGUUGCUACUCUUCGCAACUUUUCCACUGCUCCAAUCGCAAAACUUGCCUCCGCAACCCCCGCUUCAAAUUCCGCCUCAGGUCCAUGGUCAGACCCACCCUCAACCCCCCACUUAAACCGCUAUCUAGUCAUCGCCGAAGAUCACACUGAUUCCGGUUCUAACGCCCGUCGAUUCGAAGUUCGAGAACAACACCUCGAACAAGCUCAAAAUGGAAAACGCGCCGGUCGGAUCGAACUAGGAGGUGCCCUGCUACGCAAAGACUUUAGCGAAAUCGACCAGGAUGUCGGACCAGGCCCUCACAUGGGUGGUAGCGCUCUAGUCGUGCUAGGCGAGAGUGUAGAGGAUGUGAGGCAGAGGGUGAUGAAGGAUGAAUAUGUGCAAGGAAAUGUUUGGGAUGUGAGUAAACUUAAGAUUUGGCCGUUCUUGCAGGCGCCACUGAAAGCUGCGUGGGCGGAGGAAGGAGUAGGGAGGGAGGUGGAAGCAAGCGGCGAGAGGGCAGAUGCAAACGCAACUCUGGGUCAGUUGAGACAGGAUUUGGCUGCGGGAAAGGGCCCAAAGAUGGUUACCCUAGGUGCGCUGAGGAGGAUUCAUCAAGGGGUUGGCCAGUAUCGUCAUCACUACAACAACAACAGUCACAAAUGA